AUGAUUUUACUGCUCCUGUUAAUUUUUACCGCCAGCGGCGUGGCCAUUACGCCGCUUCGCCACGAGGACCAUGUCUUUCCCGCUGAUGACAUUAUCGAAUUACCGGUAGGAAGGUUUCCCGAUCCUGACUGCGAGUACACUGUCUUCAGAGAUGGACGAUUUGGUCCGAAGGUCAAUGGCAAAAUACGUGUUGGUGAUGUGGUGUUUCAUUCGUGGAAAUGUAGCUAUGGAGCUCAUGACAGCAGUAUGUACUGCUUGAUGGUGAACAAUUGUACGGUAUCCAGUGAACGCGACUCAUCUCAGAAGGUCGCUGUUGCCCGUGUUCUCGAAUGUAUACGCGUCAAAUUGCUUCUGAAGUUGAACGGUGUUUGCCGACGACCUACUUGCCGUCCACUGGAGGAACUACGAGGUGCUAGCGCUCGCUAUCGUCGACAUCGUCCCACCCUCCGCUAA